CGAGUGGGAGCGCAUCGUCGUUCUGCAUCGGCGUGGCGCGCAGCACUGUGGCUCAACCUGUUCUGCGCCAGCGCUCCGGCAACAGCUGUCCGACUCGGCCCACGUAUGGCCGAGGCAUUUGUGGAGGUGGUGAUCGACUCGUGUCUCGCCGCUCCGACGCCGCUGCCGCCUGACCGCAGCUCCGUCAAGCAGGGCUUCGCCGCCCUGGGAGCGGAGUGCAUUGAGGCCACGUCGGCAGAGCGCGAGAUCAUCGCGUCCCGCCGCGGUGGCUUCGUGGAGGCGGUGUACCACGCCUUCAACAAGCAUAUCCCCCUCUGCUUCGGGCCUGACGACCUCUGGACCCUCAUCGUGCAGGGUGUCAGCAAGCACGUUGAGCUCAACCCAGAAGCGCUUCGCAGCAAGUUCGUCAGUUUUGAAGGGAAGAAGGUGCUGCGCAUCCGCCGCGACCACUUCGUUCUUGGAGACCCUCUUAACGACUGGGCUGGUUGCUUUUCGGAGUGGAGCCAGAUAGUCGCGGACAACAUCGGCCCGCAGAACACAAGCGCGCUUGUGCCGACGUUCUCCACGACCGGCCAAUUGGAGAAGGCACUCCACGAACUUGCACUGAUGGAUUGCAUGAAAAGCUACUUUGAGUUUCGUUGCACGACGUUGUGCGGGAUCUCGAAGGUCAAGCUUCUGGGAACGCGGGAGGACUGGGACCUGCUCUUGGAGAAAGUUGAGGGCCUGCGAGGGUACGAGCUCGGCUGGUGGGUCGACAAGCUCAUGCCCAUCUUACGAAAAGUCCAGAAGACUUAUACUAGAGAGGAGGUGGACAAGAUCUUCUGGUACACGAUCUACAAACAGUGGUCCACCUUCGGCUCUGGGGCUUCGACAUAUGUGAACGGCUGGGUCACCACCUUUUUUCCGUAUGUUCGGGGUCAUCGCCGAGAGUGUCCAAGCCUCGAGCAGCUCCGCACGGAUGUUCAAGACCAGCUUGUUGAACAGCAGCCUGGCCGAUUCAGCCGAGGCCACGGCCCUUGCUUGAGCGGAACGCUCGACCGCGAAGAUGUGCCUAAUUCCGUGAGCACAACGCCUUUCAUCUGGGAGCACCUGGGUGCCGAAAUUCCUAUGACCAUCUACGGAGGGUUCGCAGGCUGUGAGAUGGAUGGCGAAUACAUCCGGCCAGUGUUGGCGUGGGCGGUGGGGAAGGACAAAGAAGAGGUUCUGAAGCAGCCGGCCGGAACGGCGUGACCAGGCAGGUGUGUUGCGACUACUUCAAGUUCAUGCAACAGUUCACGCAAACCGACUGCCCCGAUUUCGACCACGGUCGUUUCGCCAGGGAGCUGCACAAGUUCGGCUUGCAUACUUUGCUCCGCAACGCGGUCCUACAAGAAGCGGUUACUUGAGAUGCAUUGCUAGUCACACUUGUCUCGGAGGUUCGACGCGUCAUCCAGGCAGCAAGGGAUUCGGCGUGAUGGGAGCGUGUACAGUGCUCUCGCUCACAGCUUCGAAGCAACCCUUGCAAUCGACUGCCAAGAUGAAGACAAUUGACCAUGCAUCUCACGCUCCCCACAGAAAUUAAGGCGACACUUUACGAUGAGACAUUCCGAUACGCUAGCGAGUGACCCACCCAUCUUCGAUUGCUUCAUGCUUGCAUCGGGCCUUCUCUACAUAGCAAAAUAAAUCAUCCC